CUUGGUUCUUCCAUCGCCUUUGGCUAGCUGCAAACAUACGUAUCACAUACAUCUGUAUGCGGCGAUAGCUCACGAUACGAUGGCUUUGUUCGAUGUCCCUGGCUGGUCAGUACAUGCGGAGCCUUCGCGACCCUCGCCUUCGUCGAGCAAAAAACGAAAACGGUCUUCAACAGCUUACGAUGUCGACAUCAACUCUGCUCAGGCGAACGUCGAAAAAGUAAUGCAGCAGCUCAUGGGUGAGCAGGAGGGCAAGCCGCCUAAAAAGAAGGCAAAGGGCAAGGCUCAGGCAACGCAAGAGGCUGCAUCCGCUGGAGACAGUGUUCGGCCAGUGAAGAAGGAUAAAUCUGGCGUGAAAUCAAGAGCUGCGGUAGAAAAAACCACCUCAACCAAGACGAAGGCAACACAACCCACUCCCAAGCACCAUUCUGGCAGUGACCGGAAUCCGCGACAGACCUCGAAGACGCAGAAACAUACAAAAAUCGAUGGCAAGGCUUCUCAGAAGUCUCACCUCAUGGAGAAGUCUAAGGCACCGCCGCCGCCCGCUGCAAACCAAGCGCCUUUGACCUCGCUCCAGAAGAAAAUGAAGGGCAGCUUGGAUGGAGCACGGUUCAGGUGGAUUAAUGAGGAACUGUACAAAUCGCAUAGUACUACUGCCCACGAGAUGUUGCGGAAUGACCCUGACGUGUUUCGCGAGUACCACGAAGGAUUUCGCCAUCAGGUUAAAUCUUGGCCGGUGAACCCCGUUGAUCACUAUAUCUCCCAGUUGUCCAAAUACCCAGUUCGCACCGUUGUUGCGGACCUCGGAUGUGGAGACGCAGCUCUGGCACAAGCAUUGAUACCCAAGGGCAUGGUAGUCUUGUCGUUUGACUUGGUGUCUGACGGCGCGUAUGUCGUGGAAGCCGAUGUUUGCGAGAAGGUCCCGCUUCCGGGAUCGGAGGUACUAGACGAGAACUCUCCGGGGAUGGGAAAGGGACAAUUGGUCGACGUCGUGGUCUGCGCUCUCAGCCUGAUGGGUACAAACUGGCCGAGCUGCGUCAAAGAAGCCUGGAGAAUACUAAAGCCUGGGGGAGAGCUAAAAAUCGCCGAGGUUACUAGUCGAUUCUCGGAUGUCAAGAAAUUCGAGAAGUUGGUAUGUGAACUGGGAUUCAAGGCGAAGUCGAUGGAUGACAGCAAUUCGCACUUCAUGCUUUUCGAGUUCAAGAAGGUGCCCAGAAAUCUUGGACAGAAGGGCUUAGAUAAAGUAUUGACGCAAACCGCACUGUUAAAACCUUGCGAGUACAAGCGCAGAUGAUUUAUGUGAUCGUCAUCCAUCAUGUUGCCACCACCUGAAGCUGAAAUGGCAUUGACU